GAGCAUCAACUCACUUCCACCUGUCCCUUCAGCCCUUCCAUAUAGUACGAGUACAAUACCUUGCUCCCGCCCCAUCCUCCAGUGCCGGCUCAGACUCAGCUACCGUACUUACACCCAGCGCUCGGGGAGGCGGAUCUAUGAUAUCUUAAAAUCUCUCAUUUCACCAUCUUCCCCACAUUCCGUUCUUUCUUUCAUCCCAUCCUCUCCCUAGCAACAGACGGGCCCGCCGACCGACCGGUCUCUCCCAAGCUUUCAGGUCUCAGGUUAUCGUCACUCAACCCCAGCCCGAUUGAGGGGAAAGCCCUGCGACCGCUACCACGAUGAAGCUCCUCGGCGUGGGCUCCCCCUUCGAUCCAACGAACCGCUUCCAAACAUCCGGCAUUCUUCCCCCGGUCGUGCUCGGCUGCACCCGGCUGGUGAUCGCGUGCUACAUCUUCGCCGCGCUGUUUUACCGCAUCGCUCGCUCCUCCGUGAUCGAUGGGUCGAAGUCGACGCGGGAUAGCUUUUCGUACUUUACGAACUUGACGUACUGGGGGCUUGGCUGCUACUUUGCUGUCGCAUCGGCGCACACGCUCGCCUAUGCCUUUCGUGGGAGGGCUCCGUUGGAGAAAUGGCCAAAGGUGUUGCAGUUUUUGCACAGUCUACUCUAUACCACUGUUAUCACAUUCCCGUUUUUGGUGUGAGUAUUGGCUCUAUUGUUAUUGCUUUCGGUUACCAUCUGCAUGUGGAAUAGGGAAUGAUGGGUGGAUGGGGGUGGAUGGGGGCAGGAGUACCCGUGCAGGGAGGAGAGUGUGGGGGGAUCGGAAAAAAAAAAAAAAGAAGCACGCUAAGCAAUACGUUCUGUGGUUUUAGAACCGUGGUGUACUGGAUCAUCCUGGCACCGGAUGAAAGCCCAUUCGAUACUAGAUAUUCAGCAUGGAGCAACGUAUGAUAAUCCCCCCUCCCCCUCCUCCCCCACCAGCCAACCAAACUAACCUCCGCCCAGAUAUCCUUCCACGCCCUAAACUCAGUCUUCGCCAUCUUCGAAGUCCUCAUCCCCCGCACCGAGCGCCCGCCAUGGCUGCACAUCCCCUUCCUACUCCUGAUCCUAGCGGGAUACCUAGGCGUCGCCUACAUUACCAAGGCAACCAAGGGCUUCUACACAUAUUCCUUCCUUGAUCCGGGCGAGAAGGGUUCCGGCACGGUCGCCGCGUAUGUCUUUGGAAUUGUCGUGGCUAUCUGUGUGGUGUUUGGGAUCAUCUGGCUGAUAAUUUGGCUGAGGCUGUUCUUGUGCGAGACGGUGUUCGGUAUGAAGGGGGAGUUCUCGAGUAGGUCACGGGGUGGAAGAGGUGAUGGAGAGAAGGGCGAGCAUGAGAUGUUGGCGGCGAAGGAGCUUCCUUGAGGCUAUCCUCUCUUCGUUUCCGUUUGUUCAGGAGGAAAAGAGGGGAUUCGAGUGUUGAUUUUGGUUAUGUAUUUGUAGUAAUGUUGAAUGGGUCGUGCUUUCUUUCACCCCCCCCCCCUGAUUUGGUUGUUUGUUUAUUUCAUGUAACCUGGAGAAAACUGUUUAAAGAGAUAGAGAGGGGAGGGGGAGACUUGAACCUGAGCACUAAAUUAUACAUAAAUAAACUACAUUACUACUGU